AUGCUUAAGUGGGUACAAUCAGGACUUUCAGUCGUCGCAGGAACAGCAGAACCAGAAUAUGGUCCAGAUGCAAUUCAUCCAAUUACUAAACGUUGUUUAGAAACUUCUGAUUCAGAAGAUGAAGAAGGCGCAUCAUCGAUUUAUCGUGCUACUGUAGAUAGUGAUUUCAACUGGCAAUCACCAAAUUAUACCAAUGUUGAAACUCAAACUUUCUAUUUCACCGAUUUGAUUAAUAAAAUCGCGGGAUUUGCUCAAAUUAUUCAUUCUAAUGUUAUGGGAGUUCAUACUACUGCACAAUUUACAUUUAGAUUAUAUAAAGAUUCCCAAGAAAAUAUUUGGACUUCUACUCAAUUAGAUAAUUUUAGAAUUGAAGGGAAUAAUUUUUAUGCUGAUGGUGUUAGUUUAGAAAUUCAAGAUGGCAAUACUUAUGUUUUAAAUAGUACUGUUAAUAAGGAAACUGAAGUUAAUUUCACCGUAACUAGAAUGACUGAUGGGGUUAUAUUCGGCAAAGAUGGAAUGACCUUGUAUGGAGAAGAUCCAGAACAACCAUGGGGUUCAAUGAGACAUUUAUUCUGGCCAAGAUGUAAACUUAUUGGUACUAUCAAGACCCCGACCAAGACAUAUUCAAUUGAUAAUGGAUUAUCGAUGUUUGUCAUGGCAUUACAAGGGAUGAAACCUCAUCAUGCUGCCAAAUCUUGGAAUUAUAUGAAUUUCCAAUCGGAAAAUUAUUCCGCUGUAACUAUGGAAUUCACCACCCCAAAAUCUUAUGCUAAUACAAGAGUUAAUAUUGGUAUUGUUGCUAAUAAUGAAAAAAUCUUAUAUGCAACUAUAAAUAAUAAAGUUGUUCAUUUAGAUUCAUCAAUUGAUGAAAUCGGUUGGCCAGUUCCAAAGGGGAUUGAAUUCAGAUAUAUUAAAGGUGAUGAGGAAGUUGCGGUUGUUAAAGGAGAUUUAAAGAAUCUUGUUGAAAGAAUUGAUGUUAUGGCUGAAAUUCCUCAAUUGGUUAAGAAUAUUGUUAGUAGUGUUGCAGGGGCAAAACCUUAUAUUUAUCAAUAUUGUAAUGAGUUUGAUUUUGAAAUUGAAGGAAAGAAAGAUUCUGGUUUGGGAUUCUGUGAAGUUACUUUUAUUUGUGAAGAGUAA